CUGGAUCCCCGCUUGCACAAGAACUAGAAAAUCUCCAAGGCAUUACAAACGCAUUGUUUCUAAUAUUGAAUUUGUUCCACUCCGAUGCCCCCAUUCGCUAAAAAUAGCCCAAUCCUGGCUAAGGGCACAGCGAUUAAGAUAAAGUCGAAAAUGGAUCUCAAGUGGUCCAAAACAAGACGCCUGCUGCUGUAAGCGCCGCGGCGCCUUAGAACUAGCGCUCAUGCAGUGCAACAUGCAUUUAGGGUGCCUGCUGCUCGCCCCUCUGUGCCUCAUUUUCUGCAUUUACAUCGUCUUUGCAGUGAGGAGCAGCUUGGAGGCGAAGCCCUCCAACGAAGUAAAUAUCAUUGGGCGAGAGGGCCUGGGAAGUGUUAACACCAGUGAUUCUGUGGAAAUUGGGGCGCUGAUUCCCAAAGCGAAGCAUCACGUGCCUAAGUUCAUGCUGGAACUAUACGAGAAGAACAAGAGUGCCAAAAAACGCGAAGCUGAUCUGGUGCGGAGUUUGAUCCCUGCGCAAGCAGAGAACCUCAACCAAGAGGACGUUGUGGAGGAGCUGAGCGAAAACCAUCUGCUGGUCUUUAACAUCCCCAGCUCGGCCAAGGAUGAAAAGUUCAUGGCAGCCGAAAUGAAGGUCCUCACGCGAGUCGAAGUCCGAUCCAAGGAAGAAUCGGGCGUGAAGAAGUUCCUCAAAAUAUCGCUCUUCAAUCACCACACUCAACGCUACUCGCACCACAGCGAAAGGCAGAUUCACCAUCUGAACGACACGUGGCUGACCUUCAACUUGACCGAAGAAGUCGGCCAACUCCUGCAAGAGAGCAGUGAAGACACGCUCCUGAAAGUGCUCAUCACCCUAUCCAGCGUCUACCAUCAGGAGCAAAACCACUUGAAGUUGUCUAUUCUUCCGUUAAUGGAGGGCUUCGACAGCGACCACGACUACCCCAUCUUGAUCCUGUCCUAUUCCAUUGAGGAAAAGUCGCACCCUAAGCAGAAGAAAAAGAGUGGGUUGCUUCAAGCGCGCAACCGAAGGAGCGCCGAUAUAGAAGACUACGAGGAGGAAACCAACACGAUUUGGACUGGCGAGCUGCCGCGGCAGCUCCUGAGGAAAAUCAAGCGAAACAACUGCCGAAGAAGGCCGCUCUAUGUGGAUUUCGCCGAGAUUAAGUACGAUUCGUGGAUCGUGCAACCGGCUGGAUACGAUGCCUACCAAUGUCAAGGAAAGUGUUUCUACCCGGUGGCUGACCAUUUGAGCCCAACCAAGCACGCGAUCAUGCAGGCUUUGAUCCACAGUGUGGAUGCUUCAAAGGCUUCUCGAUCCUGCUGCGUGCCAACAGUGUUAGAUUCGAUUUCAGUUUUGUAUGUGGAUGAAAGAGGAGUAUUGACGUAUCGAUUUGCCUACAAGGACAUGGUUGUUGUGGAGUGCGGAUGUCGAUGAAUUAACACGAUUUAUGUUCAACGGAGAA